GGAAGCGUACCCCCGUGGUCGGCCGUUAUAGGCUACGUCAUCAAAAUGGCCGUUUAAGUCUUAAACAUGGAGGAGAGAGAAGCGCUGAAGAGGCAGAUUGAACUUCUACAAGAUCUCAUCAGUAAACACAAGAGUGUGCACGGAGAUGCGCCACUUGCAGGAUCAGAGCGGAGGAAUCCCGAGGGUUCUGCUGCAGGCAGAGGGUUCGGUACUUCUGCUGUUCAUCGUCACCCCUCCAGAGGGAGACCUUAUGUUCCUCAGAGCCGUGGAAGCUGGAGGAAAACCUAUUCUCUAAGAAAUAACUGCCCCCAGUCUACAACAGGACAUCCCUCAGCUUCUUCCUUUCAUCAGUCUGCUUCCCAGUUUGGGACUGACGGCAUUCCUUCAUCCAGCUACAAAGGAGGACAUGAAUCUAAUAUUUUCAAAGCUGCGUCUUUACCAUCAGGGAGUUGUGCUCAUCUUAAAGAGGAACCCGGCCAGUCCGGGAUGAGGAGAGCAGCGACGGGUUCAGCGAGCUUCUGUGUUCAACGCGAAGCUUCGCAGACUCCAGAGUUUCAGCCAAAGGCUGAAAACAGAACUAUGCUUCUGCCAGGAAAAACAUCUGGAGGCUCCGUUUCAGUUUCAAACACAGUUCAGACCAACGUUUUCUCUGGUUCUCGAGGCAGAACUCAACCACAGAUCAAACCUGUUACCAGCAGAACCGGCGCCGACGAGAGCCGAGCCUCUUCAGCCUCGUCUACUCUCCCACCUGGGGGCGUCCCUCCAGCUCUCCCUGCUUCCUCCAGAAGGGUUUUAAAACACUCUACCCAGACUGUUCACACCCAAGUUCAAGAAUCUUUUAUAAAAAAAUCCAAGUUUACGUGGGUAAAGAGCCAAACUGCAGAGGCCAAACCAGCCAGAUCAGCGUCGUCAUCGGGGAGCAGAGCUUUAGCUUCACGGACAUCCGUGUCUGACAGCUCCUCUGCUGUGGUGCUUGGUAAGAGAACCCCUCUUAAGAAGUUAGCUCGAAGGCUUAGCCCAGUCGCUGUGGCCCCCAAGACCUCAAAGUACAAGUGGGUGUCCUCUUCUGGAGUCCAGUCCAGGACGCCACGUAAGCUACUGUCCCCCAAAGCCCUCAGUCCUGCUCAGAGAAGCCUGGAGAGGGGCGACGGCAUCAAAAGGAACAAAGCCGCCCCCGCUCUGUCUGCUAAACUGAAAAAGGGAACUACAGGCUGUUCCAGUUCUUCACCAGUGAGUCGUUACAGCUGGAAGGCUGGAGGGGAGCGCGCCUCGGCGUCUGUGACCAGAGACACGGCGGCGUCUCCUCGAUCGUCUGCUUUCCACUGGACGGCAGAGAAAAGCACCAAAGGAACCAAGUCAGGACUCGGUUUUCCAACUUUACCUCAACGCGCCCACUUCCCAUCCUCCUCCCCUGGGGGGUUCAAGCUCCGCAGCAGAAUGAAAAUCAUCAGACGGUCUCCCUCCAGUGUCGGAGCGUUGGAGAGGGGGGGGCACCUGCCAUCGGUGAAGUUCUCCCCGCGGGCCCGUCUGCACACCUCCACCAGGAGUCCCUUUGGGGUCCGGAGGACACCGUCCAGGGAACUUGUUAGUUUUGGCCGACACAAGUUGAGGAGGCUUUCCGCCGCUUCAGCAGAAACAAAUCCCACCCUUCACCGAAGUCCCGCCUCCCAACGGGUCUUCAGAACACGCUACAAGAUGGAGAUGCGACCGGGUUCUGGUUCUGGAACCACACAUGCCCCCUACUACAACCCCGCUCUCUCCUGGCGAGCCAAGAAGAUCCAGUCGGCCAGGAGCUUCCUUCAGAGCCGGCUCCGAGCCCCCGACGACAGACACCCACCGUCGUCCCAGCGCUGGGCGGGAAGUGGGAUGUGCUGGAUCCGAGGCUCCCUGUACCGAGUGUCUGCUAAUAAACUGUCCCGCACCAGGACGGCGAACAUGUCGAUCAACCGAACAGGGAGGUCCUCCAGCCCACAAACGUCUCCAGCUUUGAGUCGUCACAUUGCCAGCCGUGCCGUGCAGCGGAGCAUUGCCAUCAUCAGGCAUGCUCGCCAGAAGAAGCAGCAGAAGCAGUACUGCAUGUAUUACAACCGCUUUGGCAAAUGUAACCGUGGCACAAGCUGUCCCUUCGUACACGACCCGGACAAAGUGGCCGUCUGCACCAGGUUUCUGAGGGGAACGUGCAGACAGGCCGAUGGCACCUGCCCAUUCUCCCAUAAGGUUGCCAAGGAGAAGAUGCCGGUGUGUUUGUACUUCCUGAAGGGAAUCUGUAACAAUAGCGAGUGUCCCUACAGCCACGUUUACGUCUCUCACAAAGCGGAAGUGUGUCGGGACUUUGUCAGAGGCUACUGUCCAGAGGGAGAGAAGGUAACACACACCAGAGGUGUUUGUUUGUUUUGAAGCUGAACAGGAUCUGGGAUCUGAAGAUGACUUUGGAGGUCUCUGAACCAGUGUGUGUGUUCACAAUGAGCUAGUGGUGAUCGUUCAUGCCAUACAAAUGAUCUGCUGGGAUCUGUUGACAUUCGGGGUGUGUACACAUUUCACUUCCGGCUAUUUUUGGUAAAUGAUGAAAGGUCUGCAUUUGAGCAGCACUUUAUUCUUGCAUUAUCCAAGUCCUACAAAGCACAUUAACUCAUUCACUGCCAAUGACGACUAAAGUCAUCAUUUGCAUUAUUUUACUGUUUGGGCGUCAGACGAGCCCCCGCACCGUGAGAACAAACAUGUCAGCUCCAAAGCCGAUCUUCAUCUGCGUACGUCACACGUCACGUGAUCAGGAAGCAGAACAUCCAUGUGUUAGGAGAUCGUUUUGGGCCGCUCCUGUAAAAAAAGUGAGGCACGAACCGGAAAAGCUUCUGCCGAUCACAGUUCAACAACGGAUUAUGAAAGAACGGAUAACGCUCGAAACGCGCAGAUUCUUCCUGAUGUAAGAGGUGAGUCUCCGCUUUGUUUUGGUUGUUUUGGUGUCGACAUCAUCCUAGCGUGCAACGUUCUGUCACUCUUAAAAAACAGUCAAAACGGUGAGAAACGCUGGCAGCGAAUGGCUUUAGCGAUCAGGAAACGGCUGGCAGUGAAUGAGUUAAACUACAGUCAGCCAUUCACCCACUCACACAUCCAUGUGCAUGUUGUGGAGUGUGUUUGGUAAAGUUUCUGUGGCAGCCAUCUUGAAUAUGGCUGACUCCAAAGGUUCAUUAGCAGGGCUGCCAACA